GAGCGCACUACGCUACAUAAUAGGCACUGUUGGCGUAACAUAUGGAGAGAGUUCUGUCAAUCAAAGUCUUUCCAGGGGAUCUCUGCUAGCAUACGCUCCCAAAGCGCAUCACUAAAUCAUCUCCCAACUCAUGAACUUUGCAUCUCCGCCUCUUCUAUCAGCCAUUCCCAUCCAUGUCCAUAACGGCUACUUUUCUGUGCUUCGCGGUGGUGCUGUGGUGCGCCGCCACCUUAUCGUGCGCCGGCGGGGGGGCUGAGAUCCAAGCUCUCGCGUCGUUCAAGUCUGCCCUGCACGACCCGCUAGGCGCAUUGGACGGCUGGAACGCGACGACACCGGCGGCUCCGUGCGACUGGCGCGGGGUCGUCUGUUACGAGGACCGAGUUUGGGAGCUCCGCCUGCCGCGGCUGCACCUCGCCGGCCGGCUUUCUGAGCGGCUCGGCGAGCUGACCCAGUUGCGGAAGCUGAGCCUGCACUCGAACGGCUUCAAUGGCUCGAUUCCUGCCUCUCUGGCGCAAUGCGCUCUCUUGCGCGCCCUUUAUCUUCAGGACAACUCGUUCACCGGGGGCCUUCCGCCGACGAUUUCCAACCUCACCAAUCUUCAGGUCCUCAACGCCGCGCGCAACCUCCUCUCCGGCGGCGUCUCCGGCCACCUUCCGCCGAGGCUCCGGUACCUCGACCUCUCGUCCAACGCCUUCUCCGGCGGCAUCCUGGCGAACUUCUCAUCCGUGCCGGAGCUCCAACUGAUCAAUCUCUCUUUCAACAGCUUCUCCGGCGAGCUUCCGUCUACCAUCGGCGAGCUUCAAAUGCUGGAAUAUCUCUGGCUCGACUCGAACCAACUGUAUGGGACCCUGCCGUCGGCGAUUUCUAACUGCUCGUCGCUGGUGCAUUUGAGCGCCGAGAACAACGCCCUCAGAGGCCUUAUUCCGGCGACAAUCGGCUCUAUUCCGAAGCUCCAGGUCAUUUCGCUUUCGCGCAACCAGCUGUCUGGUUCGGUCCCCACUUCGAUUUUCUGCAACGUCUCAGUCAAUCCGCCAUCGCUACGAAUGGUUCAACUAGGGUUUAAUGCGCUCACGGGGCUGGUCAAACCGCCAAACGUGCUGUUAUCUAGCGUUCUGGAGGUUUUAGACCUUCACGAGAAUCAUAUAAACGGCGUGUUUCCUUCCUGGCUCACGAACAUAUCGACCCUAACAUUUCUCGACAUUUCCGCGAAUUCUUUUUCCGGCUUUCUACCGAACGAGAUAAGCAAGCUCGCAAGGCUGGAGGAGCUCAGAGUGGCGAAAAAUUCUUUAACCGGCGGAUUACCGGCCGAGCUUCGACAAUGUGGCUUGUUAAAGGUGAUUGACCUUGAAGGCAAUCAGUUUUCCGGUUCGAUUCCAGAUUUCUUGGGGACUUUGAAGAGCUUGAAGGCGCUCUCUCUUGCUGGAAAUCUCUUUACUGGUUCAGUACCACCAAGUCUUGGAACUCUUUUCAUGCUUGAAUCGUUGAAUUUGAGCAAUAACCAUCUCUCUGGGCCUGUCCCACAAGAGCUCAUGAGUCUGAGCAACUUGAGCAGUUUGAAUUUGAGCAGCAACAAAUUUUCUGGCGAAAUCCCAACUAAUAUUGGGGAUUUGAAGGGUUUACAGGUUCUGAACAUGAGUGGUUGUGGGCUUUCAGGAAGUGUUCCUGCAAGUAUUGGGAGUCUGACGAGGCUCACAUCUCUGGAUUUGAGCAAGCAAAAGCUGUCUGGAGAGCUGCCAUUCGAGCUUUUCGGUUUGCCUAGCCUGCAAGUUGUUGCUUUGGAAGAGAACUUGUUAUCUGGGGCUGUUCCUGAAGGAUUCAGCAGCUUGUCAAGCUUGGAGUAUCUCAAUCUAUUGUCCAAUCAGUUCUCUGGAGAGAUUCCACCAACAUUUGGGUUUCUUCAGUCGCUGAUUGUUCUUUCUUUGUCACACAACCUUGUUGCCGGAUCAAUUCCACCAGAGCUGGGUAACUGCUCUACCCUUGAGGUUUUAGAGCUUCGUGGUAAUGGAUUGACUGGUCGAAUCCCGGAUGAAAUCUCGCACCUUGUGCAUUUGUACAAGCUUGAUCUGGGUCAGAACAGAUUAAUAGGGAUAAUCCCGGAGGGUCUCUCCAAAUGCUACGCCCUGAGUUUUCUGUUGCUGGAUUCGAAUCAACUUUCAGGUCGCAUACUGGAUUCGCUGUCAAAGUUGUCAAAUCUAACAGUGUUGAAUCUUUCGUCAAAUGGUCUAAGUGGGCCUAUUCCUGCAAGUCUUUCACUGAUCUCUGGCUUGAAUUACUUGAAUUUAUCGAGCAAUAACCUCGAGGGUGAGAUUCCAAAGGCAUUGGCUUCUCGGUUCACGGAUCCUUCUGUUUUUGCUAGGAACAAAGAUUUAUGUGGGAAGCCAUUGAAUAAAGAUUGCAAGAAUGUCAGAAGGCGAAAAAGGAAGAAGCUGAUAUUAUUACUAGUUGUGGCUAUUGCAGGAAGUUGCCUCUUGGGAGUGUGCUGCUGUGGGUAUGUAAUUGGCCUUCUCCGAUGGCGUAAGAAGCUGAGAGAAGGCAAGAAUGGAGAGAAGAAGCGCAGCCCAGCUCAAGCGAGCUCAGGAGCAGAAAGGGGACGUGGAAGUGGGGAAAAUGGAGGGCCAAAACUUGUAAUGUUCAACAACAAGAUAACAUAUGCAGAGACAGUGGAAGCCACAAGACAAUUUGAUGAAGAAAAUGUCCUGAGCAGGGGCAAAUAUGGCCCUGUGUUCAAAGCCACUUAUCAAGAUGGAAUGGUGCUGGCAAUUCGUCGCCUUCCAGAUACAUCCAUGGACGUAGGCACCUUCAGGAAAGAAGCAGAGUCUCUUGGCAAGGUGAAACAUCGAAACCUAACAGUCCUGCGUGGCUACUAUGCUGGACCGCCUGAUAUCCGCCUCCUUGUUUAUGACUACAUGCCCAAUGGAAACCUGGCCACAUUGCUCCAGGAAGCAUCCCACCAAGAUGGACAUGUCCUAAACUGGCCGAUGCGACACCUGAUUGCGCUUGGCAUAGCCCGGGGGCUUGCCUUCCUGCACUCGGCCUCAAUGGUGCACGGAGAUGUCAAGCCACAGAACGUGCUCUUCGACGCAGACUUCGAAGCCCACCUCUCAGAUUUCGGGCUGGACAAGUUGACCUUAGCAACCCCGGCAGAAGCCUCAUCUUCUUCCACCACAAUUGGGACUCUAGGCUAUGUAGCCCCCGAGGCUGCGUUAACCGGUCAGGCGACGACAGAAGCCGAUGUGUACAGUUUCGGGAUCGUGUUGCUAGAGAUACUAACAGGGAGGAAGCCUGUGAUGUUCACACAAGAUGAGGACAUUGUCAAGUGGGUGAAGAGGCAGUUGCAAAGUGGCCAAAUAACAGAGCUGCUGGAGCCAGGGUUGCUUGAGCUUGAUCCGGAGUCAUCAGAAUGGGAAGAAUUCUUGUUGGGUGUGAAGGUUGGACUGCUCUGCACAAUGCCAGAUCCCCUCGAACGGCCGUCCAUGGCUGACAUUGUUUUCAUGCUUGAAGGUUGCAGGGUUGGACAGGAUAUUCCAUCUUCAGCCGAUCCCACAUCCCUGCAAUCCCCUGUUUAGAAGUAGCUUGAUUUCCAUGAGAAAUUGCUUGUUCAGAACAAUUCAUUCUGUAUUCUUGCAUUGUUUUAGGCUUAGAUGUAGUUGUGAUCUGAAUCAUUUGAUGACAUAUUUGUUCUUUGUUCUUCCUCCGUGCUUAAUUGUGAAGAAUUUUUUAACAACUUAAAAAGAAAUUUUGGUUCUAAAACACUCUUCCAUCAAUAAACUCAUA